AUGGGUUACCCAGACACUUUCGAGGGCUUCUGCGUUGCGGGCCCCAAGACGUGGAAUGAGUUCAAGAAACAGGAUCUGAAGCCCAAGCCAUUCGGGGACAGCGAUAUCGACGUGCAGAUCGAGGCCUGUGGUGUGUGCGGCUCAGACGUGCACACCAUCACUGGCGGCUGGGGCGACUACGAGGGCCCCUUGUGCGUCGGCCACGAGGUCGUCGGCAAGGCCGUCAAGGUUGGCAAGUCAGUCAGGUCAGAGAUCAAGGAGGGCGACCGCGUCGGCGUCGGCGCACAGGUCUGGUCGUGCCUGAAGUGCCCGCAGUGCAAGAAUGCCAACGAAAACUACUGCCCGCACAUGGUGGACACAUACAACUCUAAAUACCCGGAAGAAGCAGGCGGCGGCCAGGCCCACGGCGGCUACGCCUCGCACAUCCGCGCGCACGAGUACUUCACCUUCAAGAUCCCGGAUGCCCUGCCAUCCGCAGACGCAGCGCCGCUGCUCUGCGCGGGUAUCACGACGUACUCGCCGCUGGUGCGCGCGGGCGUCGGGCCGGGCAAGAAGGUAGCCGUGUGCGGGAUUGGCGGGCUGGGCCACUUGGGCAUCCAGUGGAGCGUGGCACUGGGCGCGGAGACCUACGCCUUCACGCACUCGCCUGACAAGGCCGAGGACAUCAAGAAGCUGGGCGCCAAGGAGGCGAUAGUGACGACGAAGAAGGACUGGGCCGAGCCGUGGGCAUUCACGUUCGACUUCAUCCUCAAUUGCUCCGACAUGACGCACACGUUCGACUUGCAGACGUACCUGUCGACUCUGCGCGUCGGCGGCGAGUUCCACAUGGUCGGCCUGCCAGACAAGCCACUGCCCGAGUUGAUGGCAUUUAACUUUGCGGGCAACGCUGCUAAGUUGACUGGCAGCCACCUUGGCAACCACCAGGAGAUGGAUGCGAUGCUGAAGCUGGCGGCGGACAACAAUAUCCGGCCGUGGGUUGAGAAGAUUGAUAUCUCUGAGAAGGGAUGCAAGGAGGCCGUGGAGCGGGUCAAGGAGAACAAGGUGCACUACCGCUUCUCCCUGGUUGGAUUUGACAAGGCUUUUGGUACCAAGAACUAG